AACUCCGCUACUCGCUCUUUUCUCCACGCCACGUGGAAAGAAACCCGAACCCGGCCCAUUGGUAACAAAAGCCCAAAUUAGCUGGACUACUUCAGGGGGAGAGGGGCACUGGGGUAUGAAUAAUGACAUGUUGCUAAGAAACCUGCGAAGCUCCAUCGCCGCCGUCCGCCGUUUCUCGGCGGUGGCGAGCACCGGAGCGACGAAGGAAUCGGGCGGUGGAAGAGACACGCUGGGAAGGAGACUUCUGGGCCUGGUGUAUGCAAAACGCAGCGCGGCGGUUACUAUAGGGAAAUGGAAAGAGGAAGGAGGCACAGUGCGGAAGUAUGAGCUUAAUCGAAUUGUUCGGGAGCUUCGUAAGCUCCGGCGUUAUAAGCACGCUCUUGAGAUAUGCGAAUGGAUGACUUUACAGAAAGAUGUCAAGCUACUGGCAGGUGAUUAUGCUGUUCAGUUGGAUUUGAUUGCAAAGGUUCGUGGUAUGAAUAGCGCAGAGAAGUUUUUCGAGGAUCUCCCUGAGCAGAUGAGAGACGGCACGACCUGUUCAGCUCUUCUGCAUACAUAUGUCCAGAAUAAAGAGGCUGCCAAAGCGGAAGCUCUGGUGGAGAAGAUGAAAGAGUGUGGUUUCGUGAAGAAUCCCCUUCCUUACAACCACAUGCUGUCUUUGUAUGUGUCCGAUGGGCAAUUAGACAAGAUUCCAGAAGUAAUUGGGGAGAUGAAGGUUCAUACUAAACCGGAUGUUGUCACUUACAAUCUAUGGUUAACAGUUUGUGCUUCGCAAAAUAAUGUUGAUAGUGCAGAAAGAGUGUUUCUUGAAUUGAAGAAGGCAAAGGUAAAUCCGGACUGGGUGACAUUUAGCACGCUAACAAACUUGUACAUCAAAAGUUCACUCAUUGAAAAAGCAGCAGCUACCUUGAAGGAGAUGGAGAAUAUGGCAUCUCGGAAGCAUCGAGUCGCAUAUUCAUCUCUCCUCAGCCUGCAUGCAAACAUUGGGGACAAGGCUGGUGUUCAGCGAGUUUGGAAGAAACUAAAAUCAUGUUUCCCCAAAAUGAAUGAUGCUGAGUAUACAUGUAUGAUAGCUUCGCUUGUGAAACUCAAGGAGAUUGAAGAAGCUGAGAAACUCUAUACUGAGUGGGAGUCUGUUUCUGGGACUCAUGAUCCUAGGGUCUCGAAUAUAAUUCUUGCAGCUUACAUCAACAGAAACCAAAUGGAUGUGGCUGAAACCUUCUGUAGUCGUAUGGUGCAAAAUAGCAUCACCCCCUGUUACAGUACUUGGGAGCUUCUUACGUGGGGCUAUUUGAAACAAAAGCAUACGAAAAAAGUGCUAGAGUAUUUUAAGAGAGCAGUUGGUAGUGUGAAAAAAUGGGAUCCUGACCAAAGAUUGAUUGCAGAAGUAUUUGGCCGGCUCAAUGAAGAAGGCAGUGUUGAAGAGGCAGAGGAACUAGUGGUUUUCCUUCGGAAUGCUGGUCAUGUGAGUACUGAGACAUAUAAUUCACUUCUACGAACUUAUGCUCAAGCUGGUACAAUGCCACUUUUGGUUGAAGAACGGAUGAAGAAGGACAAUGUUGAAUUGAAUAAGGAGACUCGCUCGCUUAUAAAAAGGAUCAACAAAAUUUGUGCGAGUGAAGUUCCUAGCCUAUGUUCUUAAACUGCAAUUACAAAAUGAAAUUUUGUUAUAAUUCAGCUGAGGAUUUCAGCAUCCAAGUUCUACCUUGUAGCCUUUAUUUCC